AUGGCAUCACAGCAGCCCCCGAAGCUGCCUAAGGUUCAGCCCUGCCGAUACAAGACUGGAAAGACAUUGGGCGCUGGCUCGUACUCUGUCGUGAAGGAAUGUGUGCACAUCGAUACUGGCCGCUAUUAUGCGGCAAAGGUCAUUAACAAGCGUCUAAUGUCCGGACGGGAGCAUAUGGUUCGGAAUGAAAUCGCCGUACUGAAGAAAGUGUCGAUGGGCCACCAGAACAUUCUCACCCUCGUCGACUACUUCGAGACCAUGAACAACUUGUAUCUGGUCACCGAUCUUGCACUUGGCGGAGAACUUUUUGAUCGCAUCUGCCGCAAAGGCAGCUACUAUGAGUCGGACGCUGCCGACCUUAUGCGCGCAGUGCUCUCUGCUGUGGCCUAUUUGCACGGCCACGGGAUUGUGCACCGUGAUUUGAAGCCCGAAAACUUGCUUUUCCGUACGCCAGAAGACAAUGCUGAUCUCUUGAUCGCUGAUUUCGGCUUGUCGAGAAUCAUGGACGAGGAGCAGUUCCACGUUCUGACGACAACCUGUGGGACGCCAGGAUAUAUGGCACCCGAGAUUUUCAAAAAGAGUGGUCAUGGAAAGCCAGUCGAUAUCUGGGCUAUCGGUGUGAUUACCUACUUCCUAUUAUGCGGUUACACGCCCUUUGACCGGGACUCCAAUCUGGAAGAAAUGCAAGCAAUUCUAGCAGCUGACUACUCCUUCAUUCCAUUGGAAUAUUGGCGGGGCGUAUCGCAAGAAGCCCGCGACUUCAUCAAGCGCUGCCUGACGAUCAACCCUGAGUCACGGAUGACAGCGCAUGAAGCCUUGCAGCACCCAUGGAUCAACCCACCAUACGAGAACGGCAAGGUCGGCUCCGGCGAGGAUCUGCUCCCGACAGUCAAGAAGAACUUCAACGCCCGGCGCACACUGCACCGGGCCAUCGACACCGUGCGCGCUAUCAACAAGCUCCGCGAGGGUGGUGGCUUCAUGAUGGACGGUGUAAUGAGCGUCGAUCCCAAGCCAGAACGUGUCAACGGCGAUGAGAUUAUUGAGGAACAAAGCCAUAAUAUUCCUGAGUCGACAUCUGCUGGUACUGGUGGCCCUGGGAGUGCGAUGCAGAUUGAUAGUCGGGGAAAUGCCCGUGGACAGACGGAGGAACAGAUUCGCGCCCAGGAGCGCAGGGUCAAGGAAAUGGUCGCUGGUUUGUGGAGCCGCACUCAGCGUUAG